AUGAGUGGGGACAGUGAGUGGAAAGAGGCUCUCGAUGACAAGGGGAGGACAUAUUACUAUAAUGCCAAGAACGGAGAGUCAAGAUGGGAAAAACCACAGGAACUGUUCACUGAGGAAGAACUGGUACUGUUGAAGCAUGGCUGGAAGAGCUCUCGAACCGCAGAGGGCAAGAUUUACUACUAUAAUUCAAUCACAAAAGAGUCUCGAUGGGAAAAGCCAAUAUUUACGGAGCCAGAGGAAGAGAAACAGGAACAAGAGCCUAUUUUGGUUGACAGUUCAGCUGCGAGCGAGGAUAGUCAAUAUGACAAUACUUCGAAAAUUCUGAAUCCUCCUAAGAGAUCAAAGGACGAAGCAGAAUUGGAGUUCUUAGAAAUGCUUAGAGAUAAUCAGGUGGAUUCGACUUGGUCGUUCGGUAAGAUCAUAUCGCAACUGGGGUCUACAGAUCCCCGUUAUUGGAUGGUCGAUGAUGAUCCACUGUGGAAACGGCAGAUUUUUGAGAAGUACCUCUCGAACCGAACCGAGGAACAGUUGCUGAAGGAGCAUACAGAGACUAGUAAGUUCAAAGACGCAUUUUGGGAAAUGCUAAGAGGUAAACCUCAGAUUCUUUACUACACUAGAUGGCCCACUGCGAAACGACUGAUUGCGAACGAACCCAUAUACAAGCAUUCAGUUGUUAAGGAAAGUGUAAAGAAGCGGACUUUCAUUGAAUAUGUUGACAUGUUGGCCGAGAAACGACAGGAUGAGCAAGUGCAGUUAAAAGAGCAAGCGCUUCGAGAACUGGAGGAGUAUUUGAGAGGUAUAGUGCUGGCAGAAACUCAGCAGAAUGAUACUCAGUUGCCAGUCGUCAGUUGGCAAGAUUUACUAGCUAGUUAUCUUUUCGAGAAGAACAAAAGAUAUAUCGCGAACAAGCAUUUUGAGAUUUUAACUCACGAAGACGUAUUGAAAGUGUAUCUGAAGAUAGUAGUGACUAUUGAAGACUCGAUGAAAGACAAACUUCACGAUUUGCAAGAGAAAAAUUACACAAAGGACCGAAUCGCCCGUGAUAGAUUCAAAGAAUUGCUGCGAUCACCUGAGAUCCGUUUACGAGCUAAUUCAAGAUGGCAAGAUGUGUACCCUAUUAUUAAAAACGAACCGCGGUUUCUCAAUAUGUUGGGAACUGGUGGCUCGUCUGCGCUGGACUUAUUCUUAGAUGUCGUGGAGGAAAAAUCCAUCAACAUGAGUGCCCACAGAUCCAUCGCUCAGACACUGCUUAUAGACAAAGGAUAUCAAUGGCAAGAUGAUGACGAAUCCAACGGAGCUUCAAUCAAGAAACUUUUGGUUGAAGACGCAACUUUCAAGAGCAUGGAUAAUGAAGAUAUCGAUUUGAUCAUCGAGCUCUUGAUCAACUUAAGAAAGGAGAAACAAAGAGAACAACAAGAAGUAGAAAAUAGAGUAUUGCAACAAAAGAAGCAUUUUUUCAAACUGAUGUUGCACAGGUUCUACAAAGGUGCCAAGCUGAGACCUGACUCAUGGGAAGAAGCCCGUGAAGAUUUGGAAGAUACUGUUGAAUUCAAAGAACUUGGUGAAAAUGAAGAAGAUGAUAAAGUUAAGCAAUCGAUAUUUGAAGAGUUCAGAAAUAGCACUCCAAGAGAUGCCGUCCGGACGGCUGCGGGGCAGGCUCCGCAAUCAAGUAGAAAGAGACCACUUAGCCCUGCGGUUCAAUUAGACUACUGA